AUAAUUUUAUUACUUUUAGCUUCACAAUAUGGUUGGAAACCUAAUGAUCCAGUGCCUCAAGCCUCUACAAGCAGUGGACCUGCCCCACCGUACAUCGAUCCAGAAGACUUACAGCCAAAAAAUUUCGCUUUCACUGAUGAGAGUAUACGUAAAGGAUUUUUACGUAAAGUCUAUCUCAUACUUAUGGCUCAACUAACUUUUACAUUUGGUGUGGUAGCAUUAUUCGUUUUUCAUGAACCAACUAAGCAAUUUGCGCAACGUAAUCCCACUAUACUAUUAAUUGCUUGUAUUACUACUCUGGUAGUGGUCAUAGCUAUGGCUUGUUGUGAAAAUGCGCGUCGCUCAUUCCCUACGAACUUUAUAUGUCUGGGCAUAUUUACGGCUGCAGAAUCAUUUCUAGUUGGAUCUGUUGCUAGCGUUUAUGAUUCCCAAGAGGUGCUUAUGGCUAUUGGAAUUACUGCUGUCCUAUGUUUAGGUCUAACAAUUUUUGCCAUGCAAACAAAGUACGACUUCACCGCUUGCGGUGGUUUCCUAUUAGCUGCCUUACUUUGUCUUAUGAUCUUUGGAUUUGUGGCCAUCUUUUGGCGUAGCCAUCUCGUCAGUACCAUAUAUGCCAGCUGUGGUGCUCUCUUAGCUUGCAUAUUCCUUAUAUAUGAUACGCAAAUAAUGAUGGGUGGCAAACACAAAUAUAGUGUCAGCCCUGAAGAAUAUAUAUUUGCUGCUUUGAAUUUAUACAUGGACGUUGUAAGAAUCUUUUUGUAUGUUUUACAAUUGAUUGGUAAUAAAAAAUAAGUACAAGUACUAGUCCAAACUAAAAACAGUAAAUAAUGAAAUUAUGCAAAA